AUGAACGGGGAUCUGACACAACAAAUACUGAAGCGAAGACGAGUAAGAGAACCUGUUCCAUUCCAACCAGGGUUUUUAAGAAAGAUUAGAGUAUGGAAUUUCACUACUUAUUCAUAUACAGAAUUCGUUUUAUCUCCAACACUUAAUAUGAUUAUUGGUCCAAAUGGUAGUGGUAAAUCUACAUUAGUUGCAGCGAUAUGUCUUGGAUUAGCUGGUAAUAUCAAAUUGAUUAAGCGUAACAAUUUAAAGUCAAUGAUCAAAACUGGUCAUGAAAGAGCAGUAAUUGAAAUAACAAUUGAAAAUAUUGAAGGUGAACCUCCUGUAACAAUAAAAAGGGAAUUUACUGCUAAAAAUUCAACUUGGUCAAUGAAUGGAAGGGAAUGUACUGAGACUGCUGUUAAAAAUUUAAGACUUAAAUUCAAUAUUCAAUUAGAUAAUCUUUGUCAUUUUCUACCACAAGAAAGAGUUGCUGAAUUUGCAGGUUUAUCACCAGAAAAAUUAUUGAUAGAAACCGAACGUACUUUGGGAGAUGGUCACUUAUUGGCAUUACACGAAGAUCUAAUUCUUGAAGAUAAAAACUCUCAAGAAUUAACAAGAAAAAUUUCUGAAUUAAAACAAAAAUUGGAACAAUUACAGGGAGAUAAGGGAAAAUUAGAAGAAGAAGCUAGGAAAUUUGAAGCAUAUGAAAAAAAAGCAGACGAAAUAGAAAAGCAUCGUUCAUUAAUACCAUUUGCUAUAUUUAAUGAUAUAAAAAAUCAAAGAGCUAAUUUGAAAGAACAAAGAGAUCAAGCGAAAUUAAGGUUACGAUCCUUUGAUAAAAAUUUUGAUCCUUUAAGGCAUGAUUUAAAGAAUGUGGAAGAAGCAAUAAAGGAACAAAAAGGAAUUAAACUCACAAUAAGACAAGAUCGUGAUGCUAUACAAUCAAAGAUCGAGGAAUUAAGAAACAAGAUAAUUAAUAAACAGGAUGAAAUUAUUAAACUUUUGGAAUCAGUCAAAUCUUAUCGAACCAGGGCCGAGCAGAAAAAGAAAGAGUUGGAAUUAGUUAAAGAAGAAUUAACAAAAUUGAAAUCACAAAGGGAAGGUAUGAAUGAAUGUGACCAAUCUCAACUUGACGUGUUGAAUGAUAAAUACAAGGAAAAAAGAGGAGAAUCAAGACAAUUGGAAGAAUCUUUACUGGAUCGUCAACAAAAAAUGACCGAAUUAAAAAGUGAUAUUGGUGAACUGGAUCAUAAAGUUAGGAAUCUCGAAAGAAAACUACAGGGAACUGAUAAAUUAGAAUUAUUGAUAUCGGAAGCACAAAGAGGAAAUCGAUACAAACUUCGUGAUGACUCAUAUAAAAAUCACUCAAAAUUAAGGACCAUUGAGCAAUUUCAUGGUCAAUAUUUCGAAGCACCAGUCAUAUCAUGUAACGUGAAAGACCGGAGCAUAGCCGCUGUGGUAGAGAAAGUCAUUGAUAACAACUCACUUUUUGCUGUAACAGUAACAAAUGAUAGGAGUUUAAGAAUGAUGAAUGAUUUUCUUAAGAAAACACAAACUAAUAUGCCAAUUAGACAAUUUCUGAGCUCAAAUAUUCCAAGAUCAGAAUAUUCAAAUGAACAAUUAAAGUCUUUUGGAUUUGAAGGUUACGUGAUAGAUCAGAUAAAAGGACCAGCCGAAGUUUUGAGUAUGCUUUGUGGAAUUUCUAAACUUCAUGCAAUACCGUAUAGUAGAUCUGCUUUAACUUCAGACCAAUUGGAUAGGUUGAGAUCCCCAAGAAAUGGAGGUAUUCGUUUCAAAAAGUUCAUUGCAGGAGAUACCUUGUUUAAUGUCAAGCAAUCAUCGUAUGGUUCAAAGCAAAUUUUUUAUGUCGCGGAAGAUAUUGGAAGAGCCAGUUUUUUCAACAUAUCUGGUAUUUCAGAAGAUGAUAAAGCUAACUAUACAAAUCAAAUUAAAAAGCUUAAAGCGGACAUGGAAGAAAAAAGAGAAGAAUACCAAAGUCACAAGACAGAAGCUUCUAAUUUACACAAUUCAAUUCAAAAUCUCAAAAGUGAAAUGAACGAUUUUAAGGAUCAACAACGUCAAUUACAUGAAAGCAUCAAGGCAAUAGCUGCUUUAGAAACUAGGAUAACUUCAAGAACAGAAAAAAUAGAAAGACUAGAAAGGGAAUCUAGUAAGGAUUAUAGUCAAAGGAUUAAACAAUAUGAACAAAAGGUUCUUGAGGAAUACAAUAAUUCAUCUGAAUUGUCAACUGAGAUGGGUGAACUAUUUGAACAAUACUCAAAUUGUCAAAUUAAAGGUAAUUUUAUUGAUCUUAAAAUUAUGAUGUUGGAGAAUAGAAAAAAAUCUGCUGAAGAUUUGAUUCUUGAAUUGCAGUCAAUGGAAAAUGAAUUGAGGGAGGAUUUCCAAAGAUAUAAAGACCAGUAUGAUAAAAUCAAAGAUUCAGCGGAAUAUAGAGAGUAUAAAGAACGAAAUGAUGCAUUAUCACUCGAGGAAAAAGAAACAUUAAGAGAAUUAGCUACACCAUUUACUGAAACUGGAACUUUUACAGAAAAAACAAUAAGAACCAAAAUAUCUCAUUUAGAAGAUGAAUUAUCAUUAUUAUCUACUGCUGAUAAAAAUUCAAUAGAUGCAUUGAAAAAGAAAUUGGAAGAUAUAAAAAUAGUUGAAACUGACUUGCCUAUAUUUGAACAACAAAAAGCAAAUCUUGACACUCGCAUCGCAGGAUUGUUGACAACAUGGGAAAGUGAAUUAUCUGAAUCAGUUCGUCAAAUUUCAUUGUCUUUUAGUAAAAGAUUUUCAAAAGUUGCAAGUGAAGGUAGAGUUGAAUUAUACAAGAGUGAUAGAUUCAAAGAUUGGAAAUUACAAAUUUUAGUUAAAUUUAGACAAGAAUCGGAAUUAAAAGUUUUAGAUAAUCAAUCACAAUCUGGUGGUGAAAGAGCUGUUUCUACAAUUUUUUUCAUAAUGUCAUUACAAGGAUUAACUGAUGCCCCCUUUAGAAUAGUUGAUGAAAUAAAUCAAGGUAUGGAUCCUAAAAAUGAACAAAUGGCUCAUAGGUAUUUGGUUCAUACUGCUUGUGAAAAUAAUAAAUCACAAUAUUUCUUAGUUACUCCAAAAUUAUUAACAGGAUUAUAUUAUCAUCCUGAUAUGGUUGUUCAUUGUAUUUUUACGGGUCCUUUAAUUGAAGAAAAUGAUGAUAAGAAAAAAGAAGGAUUUUUGGAUUUUGUUCAAAAAUUAGUUUCAGUUUAA